GAAGUCUGGUGCCACGCACCGGACCGCGGUCCGAGAGCGCGCACGCCGCGUUCUGUCCUUCCUGCCUGCCGCCGUUGCCAUCUCCGCCCGGGGUUGCUGUAGCCACAGCUACCGAUGGUAUAUCUGUUGUCAGUACUGCCCAGCGUAUGCCAGGCUGAUCCAUGGUCACUUUCCGGGAUGGCAGCAAGGUGACUUCAGCUGAGGAUGACCCUGACUGAAAGGCUGCGUGAGAAGAUAUCUCGGGCUUUCUACAACCAUGGGUUGCUCUGUGCAUCCUACCCCAUCCCCAUCAUCCUCUUCACAGGGUUUUGCAUCUUAGCCUGCUGCUACCCACUGCUGAAACUCCCCUUGCCAGGAACGGGACCUGUGGAAUUCACUACUCCUGUGAAGGAUUACUCACCCCCACUUGUGGACUCUGACCGCAAACAAGGAGAACCUAAUGAGCAGCCAGAGUGGUAUGUCGGUGCUCCAGUGGCUUACAUCCAGCAGAUAUUUGUGAAGGCCUCUGUGUUUCCCUGGCACAAGAACCUCCUGGCGGUUGAUGUGUUCCGCUCGCCCUUGUCCCGGGCAUUCCAGCUGGUGGAGGAGAUCCGGAACCAUGUGCUGCGAGACAGCUCUGGGACCAGAAGCCUGGAGGAGGUGUGCUUACAGGUAACUGACCUGCUGCCAGGCCUCAGAAAGCUCCGGAACCUACUCCCAGAACAUGGAUGCUUGCUGCUGUCCCCCGGGAACUUCUGGCAGAAUGACCGGGAACGCUUCCAUGCUGAUCCUGACAUCAUCAGGACCAUUCACCAGCAUGAGCCUAAAACCUUGCAGACUUCAGCCACACUCAAAGACCUGCUGUUUGGUGUUCCUGGGAAGUACAGCGGGGUGAGCCUCUACACCAGGAAGAGGAUGGUCUCAUACACCAUUACAUUGGUCUUCCAGCGCUAUCAUGCCAAGUUCCUGGGUAGCCUGCGUGCCCGCCUGAUGCUUCUGCAUCCCAGCCCCAACUGCAGCCUUCGGGCAGAGAGCCUGGUUCACGUGCACUUCAAGGAGGAGAUUGGUAUCGCCGAACUCAUCCCCCUUGUGACCACCUAUAUCAUCUUGUUUGCGUACAUCUACUUCUCCACACGCAAGAUCGACAUGGUCAAGUCCAAGUGGGGGUUGGCCCUGGCCGCCGUGGUCACGGUGCUCAGCUCACUGCUCAUGUCCGUGGGGCUCUGCACACUCUUCGGCCUGACGCCCACUCUCAAUGGCGGAGAGAUUUUCCCCUACCUUGUGGUGGUUAUUGGGUUAGAGAACGUGUUGGUGCUCACCAAGUCAGUGGUCUCCACCCCAGUGGACCUCGAGGUGAAGCUGCGGAUUGCCCAAGGCCUAAGCAGUGAGAGCUGGUCCAUCAUGAAGAACAUGGCCACGGAAUUGGGCAUCAUCCUCAUUGGCUACUUUACCCUAGUGCCUGCCAUCCAGGAGUUCUGUCUCUUUGCCGUUGUGGGCCUGGUGUCUGACUUCUUCCUUCAGAUGCUGUUUUUCACCACUGUCCUGUCCAUUGACAUUCGUCGGAUGGAGCUAGCGGACCUGAACAAGCGGCUGCCCCCUGAGGCCUGUCUGCCCCCAGCCAAGCCAGUGGGGCGGCCAACACGCUAUGAGCGGCAGCUGGCUGUACGGCCAUCCACACCCCACACCAUCAUGCUGCAACCGUCUUCCUUCCGAAACCUACGGCUCCCCAAGAGGCUGCGUGUCAUCUACUUCCUGGCCCGCACCCGCCUGGCACAGCGCCUCAUUAUGGCUGGCACUGUUGUCUGGAUUGGUAUCCUCGUGUACACAGACCCAGCAGGGCUGCGCACCUACCUCACUGCCCAGGUGACAGAACAGAGCCCACUGGGUGAGGGUGCCCUGGCUCCUAUGCCUGUGCCUAGUGGUGUGCUUCCUGCCAGCCACCCGGACCCUACCUUCUCCAUCUUCCCACCUGAUGCCCCUAAAUUACCUGAGAACCAGACAUUGCCAGGUGAGCCUCCUGAGCAUGGAGGUCUGGCAGAGGGUGUCCAUGACAGCCCAGUCCCAGAGGUAACCUGGGGGCCUGAAGACGAGGAACUUUGGAGGAAAUUGUCCUUCCGCCACUGGCCAACACUCUUCAGCUACUAUAACAUCACACUGGCCAAGAGGUACAUCAGCCUGCUGCCUGUCAUCCCAGUCACGCUGUGAUUGAACCCACGAGAGGCCCUGGAGGGGCGGCAUCCUCAUGACCGCCGCAGUGUCUGGCCUCCACUGGGGCCUGUGCUGGAAGGACGCUGGGAGGCCGGGCCCAAGGGCCCAGGUGGGGCACAGGUGCACGGGGACAUCACACUGUACAAGGUGGCAGCGCUGGGCCUGGCAGCUGGCAUAGUCCUCGUGCUGCUGCUGCUCUGUCUCUACCGCAUUCUCUGCCCGCGCAACUAUGGACAGCCAGGUGGAGGGCCUGGUCGGCGGAGGCGUGGGGAGUUACCCUGUGAUGAUUAUGGCUACACUCCACCCGAAACAGAGAUCGUGCCGCUGGUGCUGCGUGGGCACCUCAUGGACAUUGAGUGCCUGGCCAGUGAUGGCAUGCUGCUGGUGAGCUGUUGCCUCGCAGGCCAUGUGUGCGUAUGGGACGCCCAGACUGGAGACUGCCUCACACGCAUCCCACGCCCAAGCAGGCAGCGUCGGGACAGUGGUGUUGGUAGCGUGUUUGAGGCUCAGGAGAACUGGGAACGGCUGUCAGACGGUGGGAAGGCUGGGCCAGAGGAGUCUGGAGAUAGCCCUCCCCUGCGACACCACCCUGGGGGCCGUGCACCACCUUCUCUCUUCGAGGACCAGCCAGACCUCACCUGCUUAAUAGACACUAACUUCUCAACACAGCUGCCGCCCUCUGAGCCCACUCAGCCUGAGCCCCGGCACCGGGCCGGCUGCGGCCGCACUGCUCGGGAUUCCCUGGGCUAUGACUUCAGCCGUCUGGUGCAGCGGGUGUACCAGGAGGAGGACCUGGUUACUGCUCACACACCAGCCUUGCGCCCACCCUCACCUGGGCCACCGCUGUCCCAAACCCCGGAGGACGAAGGUGGUUCUCCUGAGAAGGGCUGUCCUUCCCUUGCCUGGGCCCCCAGCACAGAUGGUUCCAUCUGGAGCUUGGAGCUUCAGGGCAACCUCAUCGUGGUGGGACGGAGCAGUGGCCGUCUGGAGGUGUGGGAUGCCAUCGAGGGUGUGCUGUGCUGCAGCAGCGAGGAGGUCUCUUCAGGCAUCACAGCCCUUGUCUUCCUGGACAGAAGGGAGGCCGGGCCAAAAUAUAAAAUCCCAGGAACCAGAACCUCAUGCUCAUCCCCUGUCCAGGUGUUCCGUUUGGAGGACUCGUGCUGUCUCUUCACCCUGCAGGGCCACUCGGGGGCCAUCACAACUGUGUACAUUGACCAGACCAUGGUGCUGGCCAGUGGAGGACAAGAUGGGGCCAUCUGCCUGUGGGAUGUGCUGACUGGCAGCCGGGUCAGCCACAUGUUUGCUCACCGUGGGGAUGUCACUUCCCUCACCUGUACCACCUCUUGCGUCAUUAGCAGUGGGCUGGAUGACCUCAUCAGCAUUUGGGACCGCAGCACAGGCAUUAAGUUUUACUCCAUUCAGCAGGACCUGGGCUGUGGUGCGAGCUUAGGUGUCAUUUCAGACAACCUGCUGGUGACUGGUGGCCAGGGCUGUGUCUCCUUCUGGGACCUAAACUACGGGGACCUGUUACAGACAGUCUACCUAGGGAAAAACAGUGAGGCCCAGCCUGCCCGCCAGAUCCUGGUGCUGGACAAUGCUGCCAUUGUCUGCAACUUUGGCAGUGAGCUCAGCCUGGUGUACGUACCCUCUGUGCUAGAGAAGCUGGACUGAGGGUGGGCAGCAGCAGAGAUCUCGCUGGCUGUACCACAGGGGCUGUACGGGGCCACUACACUGGACCUAGAAUGACUGGACCUAGAGUGGGGGGAUGAGCUAAGUGUCUUCUGGCAGCUGCUUCUGAACUGUUCUGCCUUCUGACUGUAAUAAUAUUAAAAUUUUUUUUUUAAAUCACA